AUGAUACAACAUUUAGAUGAGAAACCGAUUAAAAAUCCGCAAAAUGGCGAUGAAGAGGACCUAAAAAGCAUUCCAUUAGAUGAGGGUGAUAUAGCACUGCUCAAGUCAUAUGGUCAAGGGCCAUAUAUGCAGGAUAUUAAACGUAUCGAUGCCACCAUCAAGAAUAUGCUCAAGGCUGUUAAUGAGAAAAUGGGGCUUAAAGAGUCAGACACCGGGCUUGCACCACCAUCAACAUGGGACCUUCCAGCGGAUCGCCAGCGCAUGAAGGAGGAGCAGCCUUUGCAAGUUGCCAGAUGUACAAAGAUUUUUGCCUCCGGGGAGGAAAAGAAAUAUCUGAUCAACAUCAAGCAAAUUGCCAAAUUCGUCGUCGGGCUUGGCACAAACGUCUCUCCAACAGACAUUGAAGAGGGCAUGCGUGUGGGGUACCCGAUUACUCUAUUCCCCGUUGUUGAUAGGAAUAAGCACCAGAUCCAGCUUCCGCUUCCUCCAAAGAUCGAUCCCUCUGUUACGAUGAUGCAAGUUGAGGAGAAGCCGGAUGUUACGUACUCUGAUGUCGGUGGCUGCAAAGAGCAAAUAGAAAAGCUUCGCGAAGUUGUAGAGCUGCCAAUGCUGAGUCCAGAGCGAUAUGUCGAUCUCGGCAUCGAUCCUCCAAAGGGUGUUUUGCUCUUUGGGCCUCCUGGAACCGGAAAAACCCUCUGUGCGCGUGCAGUAGCAAAUCGCACAGAUGCGGCCUUUAUUCGAGUAAUUGGCUCUGAGCUUGUGCAAAAAUAUGUGGGAGAAGGCGCUCGCCUUGUCCGAGAACUGUUUGAAAUGGCAAGAAUGAAAAAAGCGACGAUCAUUUUUUUCGACGAAAUUGACGCAAUUGGCGGGGCUCGCUUUGAUGAUGGUUCCGGGGGUGACAAUGAGGUCCAACGGACCAUGUUGGAACUGAUCUGCCAGCUCGAUGGAUUUGAUCCCCGAGGAAAUAUCAAGGUGAUUAUGGCCACCAACCGCCCAGACACACUGGAUCCGGCCCUUAUGCGCCCUGGUCGCCUUGAUCGAAAAAUUGAAUUUUCUCUUCCAGAUCUUGAGGGCCGCACUAACAUCCUCUCUAUACACGCCAAAAGCAUGAAUGUAGAGCAGUCCGUUAGAUUUGAAUUGAUUGCUCGUCUAUGCCCAAAUAGCACUGGCGCUGAGCUGCGCUCGAUUUGCACAGAAGCAGGCAUGUUUGCCAUACGUGCCAGGCGCAAAAUCGCUACCGAGGCUGAUUUUCUACAGGCCGUCAACAAAGUCAUCAAGGCAUAUGCCAAAUUCAGCUCGACUCCUAAAUACAUGACGCACAACUAG